CACAAACACAUCACACUUGCAGCAAAAAAAUAUCUACCUCCCAUAUUACAAAAAAAAAGAAGAAAAAAAAAACAAUAUGACAACAUACGGCACAAAUCCGACGUCGGCUAACGACCUAGCACCAAAACUCGAGUACAUCACACGAGCCAACGGCCAACACAACGUAAGACCAGGCCUUGCCACGCGCCGUCCAUGGAAGCAAAUGCUCGACCUCCACUCCUUCAACUUCCCCCGCAAAAUAGCCACCGUGAUCACCAGAGUCAGAGCCAACACCGUCUACUUCCAAACCAAUUACACCAUAGUCGUCCUCUUCUCCGUCUUCCUCAGCCUCAUCUGGAAUCCCUUCUCUCUCCUAAUCCUACUCACCCUAAUCGGCGCGUGGCUCUUCCUCUACUUCCUCCGUGACGAACCGCUCACUGUAUUCGACCGGGACAUCGACCACCGUCUCGUCCUUAUCUUCAUGUCCGUUCUCACUCUCUCCAUCCUUUUCUUGACCGAUGCAAAGCUCAAUAUCGCGGUGGCCGUCGUGGCAGGCGCGGCGGCUGUGUUGUCUCACGCAGCUGUUAGGAAAACCGAAGACAUGUACCAAAACGACGAUGAAACCAGUCGUUUACUUCCCUAAGUUAAAUUGAUCAUCUUCAUUUGCUAGAAGAACAUGUCACAUUAUGACUAUGAGAUUGAUUGUUUCAUUGCGUUUGGAUUUUCCAAAUUUAUUAUCACUAAAAUUUUAUAACUACCAUUGUUUAUUAGCUUUUAUGUUUGUGUGUCUACUACAAAAUUAUUACAUGACAU